AUGUUCAGCCCCAGGAAGAGUAGUCUCUCUUCCCCUAGCCUGGAGGACUCCUUUUUCCCGCUCUCCUCUUCUUCUUCCAUCUCACUUUCCUUCGCCCUGCCCACAUCCACGCCGGAUCACAGGAGCAUCGAUAGCGGGGGCAACAUUGAGACGGACCUUAUUUUGGCAGCUGAGUUGGGACAGGCUCUGCUGGAGAAGAAUGAGGAACUGGCUGCUGCUCUGGAGGAGAAGCAGAGGGAGGUGGAGACAAUACAACAGGAAAAGCAUGUCCUGCAAAGGAAGCUAGAGAUGAACGAACUAGAGUCAGGACAGAAAGAGGCCGAGCUGAACGGAGAUUUGGCCGCCUUACGCUCUGAGCUGGACCGCCAUCACAUUCAGGGGCGGGACCGGCGUCGGGAUGAAAGCGAGCAACUAACGCAGCUAUCGAACCAUAACCAGCGCCUGGUGGAGCAGCUAUCAGAGGCUGUCACGCUGGAACAUUCCUUAAGGACUGAGAUUCGUAGCCUGAGAGAGGAGAUGGACGAGUCCUCCUUUAGCCGGAAUAUUAGUUCCACACAAUUAGAAAACACGCUUGCAGAGAGCCGAGUUUUGAAAGGGCGCCUGAGUCACAUGGAAGCUCAGUUGAAGGCCUCCCAGGAAGACAGCGACAGGCUACGCUCCGAGCGCAACGACCUUAGGGUCAGGGUGACGGAGCUUCAGGUGCAGCUGAGAGAAAAAGAAGCAGAGCUAGAGCAGGAGCAAGGGGUGGUAUUUGAGUUGCGUACCAUGAAUCGCUCUCUGCAACAAAAUGCCAUGAGCCUGGGAGAAGAGAGCAUCCUGGACAUUACACACACACGACCUUUGUCACUGCUUAGUGAAAUUCAGCAAUCCCAGGCCAAAGACGCCCUCCUAGCCCACUCGGUGGCACUGCAAGCGAGAGACGACGAGAUAGCAGCACUGAAAGAGGAGUUGCAAUCCCAACAAGAAGAACUGGAAUUACUGAGGGAGGAAAUCAAACCAUUUCGAGGCAGUCCGGAUGCGCCGAAUUACAGUUCGUUAGAGAGCGAGUUGGCCAUGGUGCGACAAGAGAAAGACUUACUGACCCAUCAGCUUCUCAACACCAUCCAACACAAGGUGGCGCUGUCCCAAGAGCUGGAUGCUUGGCAGGAGGAUAUGCGGUUGGUAAUAAAUCAGCAGGUGCUGCAGAAGGAGGAGGACAGACUAAAAAUGGUUGAGCGAGAGAGCACAGGAGGACUCCAAAGAAGCAAGUCUUUGAAAUUGAAAGGCGAAGUCGGAAAAGGAUUCUUUGCGUCUCUUUUCAAAGACAAAUAACACGCAUGGAGACAGAAAACAGCAUCAAAAUAACAAUUUUGUUACAUAACAAGCAAGUGUAUAUGUAAAUUUAUAUAUAUAUGUAUUUAUGGAUGUACAGUAAAGUAAUACUUUCCAUUUUUA